GGGAAAGGAGAAAUAAGAAUAUAGAAUAAAGAAGAAAAAGGAGAAGAACGAGAAGAAAGAAGAAGAAGAAGAAGAAAUUCAACAACAACAACAACAACAACAACAACAAGACCCGUCCCGGCACGGAAGGAGCCCGAAAGUGUAUUGAGUAGGGGCGAGCUUUCCAUGCACGGGCAGGACUCGCUAGCAUGACGUGGGCAGAUUUCGUGGAAUGGCUUUAUCAAAACAAGGUUGUGCUUAUCGCCGUGACCUGCUCGGUGGUGGGUGCCGGCGGGUGCCUGGUGGGCUUGCGGGCAUGGCUGCAGGGACCCAUGUGCAGGAGCAAGGCGCGGCUGGACGGCAAGACAGUCGUCAUCACCGGCAGCAACACUGGCAUCGGCAAGGAGACAGCUCGGGAUCUCUCGCGCAGAGGGGCGCGCGUGGUUAUGCUGUGCCGGGAUCUGCAGAAGGCGAGGACAGCUGCCGAGGAAAUCAACAAGGAGACCGGCAACCCUAUGGUCGUCCACCACCUCGACCUCGCCUCCCUCGAGUCCGUCCGAAACACUGCAGAGAUCCUCGCAGACACCGAGCAGAACAUCCACAUCCUCAUCAACAACGCAGGUAUCAUGAUGUGCCCGCGGUGGGAGACCAAGGACGGGUUUGAGAUGCAGCUGGGUACAAACCACCUUGGUCACUUCCUGCUGACGAUGCUGCUCCUCGACCGGCUCAAGGCAUCAGCACCUGCCAGGAUCAUUAAUGUCUCCUCCAUUGCUCAUACCCAGGGCAAGAUGCAUUGGGACGACCUUCACCUCACCAAAGAUUACAACGCUAAGACUGCCUACUGCCAGAGCAAACUUGCCAACGUGCUAUUCACGCGCGAGAUGGCCAAGAAGCUGCAAGGCACUAACGUCAAUACCUACUCACUCCAUCCCGGCGUGGUACAGACGGAGCUGGGGCGCCACAUUCAUCAGUCUGUCAAUGGCUUCAUCCACUGGGCCUUCCAUUUCUUCGGGAACUUUUUCUUCAAGACAGUGACUCGCGGCGCACAAACCACGAUCUACUGCGCCGUGGAUGAGACUCUCGCGACGCAGACAGGGAAGUACUACAGUGACUGUGCCGAGAAGCAACCGCACCCGCUUGCCCUGUGUGACGAUGACGCGCGGCGGCUGUGGGACGUGAGCUCUGAACUCGUGGGUCUCAGCGUGUGAAGAGCUCAGCCGAUUAGCACUGAAGAUUCACCCAUUCCUCGCUCUGGACUUAGUUAUACCACACGCCUAACAAGUCUGCUGGGUAGCUAGAUUUUUUUUUAUUUCUAUAUAGAUAAUUCAUGAACUUUCUCCCUCAUGAGCCUAUUAAAUUAUGCAACUUCAUGACACUGUCCCUGCAUUCCGCUCCCAAUUUCGUUGUUCAUUACGAUAUUUCCAAUUCGGUAAUCUAGUCCUCAUAGCCAGUGGUGUUUCAGAGUAGGACCGGCGAGCAAUAGACGCUUAUCAAACCCGUGACCUGUUUCUCGUUUCCCACACGUCUGCUGUGUCGGGUGAUCUCAGUGGCCGAGGCUCAGGCCAUGGCACGUGAGCUGACUCAAACCUCUGUCAGCUUACGAUCAAGUGUGAAAUUUUUGUAACACUAACCAGUCACGCGUUUUCAACAGCGGUGACCAGUUCCAACCCUUUGACCGCUAACACCAGGCUUGACCUUUAUCCUUCCCAUGUCCCUGAUAUGAAAUGUGCUGGUGCAAAUUUAUACUACUACUAUAAUUCUGAAAGACGCUGCAAAGUUUCAUGUAUUUGUUUAUUUAUUUAUUUUUAUUUAUUUAUUUAUUUUGCUCGGUGGAAUCGUCUAAGGUUAUUCAAAGUGAAACAAGUGCCAUACUGUACUUAACGGUCAAAGGGUUUUAGAACACACACACACAUACACACACAAAAAAAAAAAAAAAAAAAAAAAAAAAAAUAAUAAUAAUAAUAAAUAAAUAGAUAAAUAAAUAAAUAAAUAAAAAUAAGAAUAAAAAUAAAUACAUA